AUGGAUAGGCUAGCUGAGAGUAAAGGCCUUUUUUUGAGCAAUAAUAUUACAGCCGUGCACAGUAAUUAUGCUACUACAACGCUAUUUACGGUGAUGACGGCAAUUAUAUUUGGAAGUACUGUGUUUGGUAAUAUUAUGUCAUUAUUUGUUAUCUACAAAACAUCAUCUUUAUGGGAUAAUUCCGGUAUUUUAUUAGGAAAUAUGGCAGUUGCUGAUUUAAUCGUAGGCCUCAUUUGUAUGCCGACUGCUUUUAUUUCAAUGUGUAUCCAGCGUAGUUACCUGGCUCCAAUCUUAUGUGUUAUAACUGGUUAUAUUAACACUGUUGUUAUCGGAACAUCAUUACAAACGUUAGCUUUUAUUUGUGUUGAUCGAUGUAUUUCAGUUCUCAAGCCCUUACAUUAUCAUAUGUACGUUACUAAUAAUGUAUUAAGGCUUAUGCUAGUAAUAUCUUGGGUUUUUCCAUCUGUUGUUUCAAUAAUACCUCUACUAGGACUACAGCAAUAUGGUUUAGGCAAAUACUGCUUUGUCAACUAUUUAUCGACGUGCUGGUUAGAUGUAAUUCAAGUCCAACAAAAUAGAGUGUUUCUAUUGAUGAUUUAUUCAUUAGUGGUAAUUAUUCUUACUUGCAUUGUAAUCUGUUGCGUACUAAUACUUCUAGUUAUACAUAAAUUAAGAAAUACGGUCGCCGAUAUCUGCACAUCAUCGAUUCAUGCUCGGGCAGUUUCUAAGUCAACUGUUACUCUUAUGUUGAUUGUAGGAGUUUUCAUCUUAUGCUUAAUGCCUGCUGUGGUUGUUACUUUUAUUACUUGCUUUACUAACGUUCAAUUCCAUGUAACUAUUUACCAAAUGGCUAUUUGCUUAACUUAUUUGAACUCUGCUAUCAAUCCCAUCUUAUACGGAUUUUCUAGUCAAGAUUUUCGCAAUAGUUACUAUACAUUAUGGAAGAGACAUUUUCGUUUAUAUCGCUUUUAA